AUGGUCGAAAAGACUGCCGACGAUGUCGUCGCCGCCGUACCAGGUGAAUACCACCAUGCAGAUCCGAAGCGAUCCAACAGCGUGGUCAUCAGCCGCGCCAGAGCUGCUACGGAGAAGGAGCAGAAGAUGUCUCUACUCGAAGGCAUCAGAACUUAUCCAAAGGCGAUAGGAUGGUCGCUGCUCAUCUCGCUGUGCAUUGCGAUGGAAGCAUUUGAUCUAUGCUUGCUGAAUACUUUCUAUGCCAUGCCGCAAUUCCAGGAAACGUUCGGGACUUUGCAAGAGGAUGGCUCCUAUGAGCUAUCCGCCACAUGGCAGACUGGUCUGUCCAACGGGACACAGUGCGGCCAAAUCAUCGGUCUCAUAAUCAACGGCUGGGUCUCAGAAAGAUUCGGCUAUCGCUACACCUCCAUCGGCUGCCUUACUUUGAUCGCGGCCUUCGUGUCCCUACUCUUCACCGCAACCACACCGCAACAACUCUUGGCGGGCAACAUUCUGUGCGGAGUGCCAUGGGGAGUCUUCCAAACGCUCUGCAUCACCUACGCUAGCGAGGUCUGCCCCGUCGCCCUCCGCGGCUAUCUCACCACCUGGGUCAACUUCUGUUGGGGCCUCGGUCAGGUUAUUGGUGUCGGCGCCGUUCGAGGCUGUCUCGACAUCGAAGGUCGGAUGGCAUGGCGUAUCCCAUAUGCGCUCCAGUGGAUCUGGCCUGUGCCAUUGGCAUGUGGGAUCUGGCUCGCUCCGGAAUCACCCUGGUGGUUAGUCAGAAAAGGCCGACUUGAUGAUGCAAAGAAGUCUCUGUUCAGACUGACGAGCGUCAAUCGACAGCACGACUUUGACGCCGAUGAGACGGUGGCAAUGAUUGCUCAUACCACCCAGCUCGAGCAGCAGAUCGCCUCCGGUGCGAGCUACCUGGACCUAUUCAAGGGCACGGACUUGAGGAGGACCGAGAUCGUUUGCAUGGUUUGGGCCAUUCAGAAUCUCUCCGGGAACAGCUUUUCUGGCUACGCCACGUAUUUCCUCCUCCAAGCAGGCCUCGACCCAGCCAACGCCAUGAACUUUACCCUUGGUAAGCAUGGCAUCAACAUGGUCGGUGUCUUCGGUGCAUGGUUCCUCAUGUCGCUUGGUGUCGGCCGCCGCAGAUUCUUGGGGAUACCAAGUGACCGAGAGGCCGCCUCAAUGGCGACAGGGUGUAUCAUGCUGGUGUGGGCGCUAUUCUAUCAGUUGACCGUUGGGACGGUCUGCUAUAGCCUUGUCGCCGAGAUCUCCACGCGCCGUCUGCAGAUCAAGACCGUCGCGUUCGGUCGUGUCUGCUAUGCAGUUGUCGCCAUCAUCACCAACGUCCUCACUCCUCGGAUGCUGAACCCGACUGCUUGGGACUGGGGAAAUUACGCCGGCUUCUUCUGGGCAGGCUCCUGCUUCCUAUCGAUCAUCUACACAUACUUCAGAGUACCCGAGCCACGCGGCAGGACGUUUGCCGAGCUGGACUUGCUGUUCGAGAAGGGUGUGAGCGCGCGAAAGUUCAAGACAACCAAAGUGGAUGUGUUCGAGGAAGACGUGGGGGGUGGUGUCGUUGGGGAGGUCGAGAAGAAGUUAGGUGGUGAAGAGAGGGUCUGA